CCCAACCAUCAAAGAUGCACUCAGCUCCCCUUCCGAAGAAGGCAUAAGGAAGGAGGAGGAGAAGUUGAAAGGUUUUGGAGAUGCGAACGCGAAAUCAAUCCAAACGCCGAGCCGAAACGCCACCCGCCCAGAAUGAUUCCGAAGUGGGAACCAGUUCUGGCGCUAAAUCGAAGCGUGGGAAAGGUUCCCUAACCGCUAGAUUGGAGGAGACGACCGUCAAUAUAUCGAAAAAGGCAACUUCUCACACAGCUUUGGGCUCUAAACGGCGGAAAGAAAGUGUCACUUACCAUGGGGAGCCCGAAGAGAAGUUCCUAUUAUCUCAGGUAGAGGAACCAGCUGGAAAGAAUAGUGGAAGCAUAGAUACUAAAGAUUGUGUUCAUGAAUUUAAUCUGAAGGGUUGUAGUACCAGGAAUGGUAAAGGAAGCACAUUGGUAAAAGAGGGUGAUGCAGAAGACAUUUCUUAUGAUGCAAAUGAACUAGUCUGGGAAGAGGGUAGCAUUCCUGUUCCAGAGAAUCUAGAAGGUUAUUCACAUGAUGUUGGUAGGGAGAUCACUGUUGAAUUCACUGACUCACCAUCGUGUUCUCAAAAGAAGCUUCCUCGAAGAAUUUCUGCUAAAGAUAAGGAAUUAGCAGAGCUUGUUCAUAAAGUGCAUCUGUUAUGUCUACUUGCAAGAGGGAGGAUUGUUGACAAUGCUUGCAAUGAUUCUCUGAUUCAGGCUUCUUUACUUUCACUUUUACCAGUCAACUUGCUGACAAUAGGAGAGGUUCAAAAACUAACGGCUAACAGAUUAUGUGCCCUUGUAAAUUGGUUCAGUAAUAAUUUCCGUGUAAGAAGCCGGAGCAUUGAUAAGGGUUCUUUUAAUGCAAAUCUUGCGUAUGCCCUUCAAACCCAGGAGGGGACAGCUGAAGAGGUUGCUGCAUUGUCAGUGGCCUUGUUUAGAGCUCUCAAUCUGACAACUCGGUUCGUGUCUAUUCUUGAUGUGGCUUCUCUCAAGCCAGAUGCUGAUAUAACUGGAACCACAAAGCAAGAUGGAGCAAGCAUGGAUAUGAGAAUAUUCUCUCCUUCAACUUCGGUCUUGGCACCUAGUCCAGUUAGUAAAAUAACUGGUGUUCAUUUACUGAAUAAGAAUAAUGAAAACUUGGAAAUAUCUGGUAAGGAUAAGUUUGAUGAGGAGCAGCAAGGUUCAGGUUGCAAGGAGAAUUUGCCUGAGGUUUCUGCAGCUGCUUGUUCUUCUAAUGAUCCAGUCAGUUAUACAUCAACCAUUGGAAUGUGCAAUAACAAGUUUAAUUGUCAGGACACAAAAUCAAAAAGAAAAGGGGAUAUGGAGUUCAUGUUGGAGAUGGAAAUGGCCAUUUCAGCAACCACUGCAGCUGUUGCAGAUAACAAAUUACAUUCUGAGAUUGAUGAGUCACCUGUAUCUUCGGCAAGACUAGCUUCUUCUGUGAAAAAACCAACACUAAGAAGUGCUGUAGAUUCCUCAGUUUCAAUGCAUGGUAGCUCUGGUGCAGUUUGGUCUAGAAGGACUGGGCCUCCUUUGUACUGGGCAGAAGUCUACUGCUGCGGAGAGACUUUAACAGGAAGAUGGGUGCAUGUUGAUGCUGCAAAUGCUAUAGUUGAUGGUGCAGAAAGGGUAGAAGCUGCAGCUGCUGCUUGUAGAAGACCAUUGAGAUAUGUUGUUGCUUUUGCUGGAAAUGGUGCUAAAGAUGUGUCACGCAGGUAUUGCAUGCACUGGUACAAAAUUGCUUCCAAAAGAAUAAAUGCACAGUGGUGGGAAGCAGUAUUGGCACCGCUAAAGAAGUUCGAAUCAGCUACAGCUGGAAGUGUGGUUCAAUUGGAGGAAUUGCAUGGAAAGGCUCCCUCUGAUCGAGAGAAGAAAGUGAUCAGUUCUGUUGAAAUGAAUUUCAGAGAUAAUCAGGUUACCUCUCAGAGGCCCCUAGAAAGUCCAUUUGAUGCUGAUGGAUUGGGUAAGAAAGUGUCCAAUCUUACCAAGUCACUGGAUCUUGAAGCUUUACCUAACUGCCUUUGGAUUGAAUCAAGGGACUCUCUUGAAGAUAUGGAACUUGCAACUAGGGCUUUAACUGAACCUCUUCCUACGAAUCAAUUGGCCUAUAAAAAUCACCAUCUUUAUGCUAUUGAAAAGUGGUUGAUGAAGUAUCAAGUCCUAUAUCCAAAAGGUCCAAUACUUGGUUAUUGUUCAGGUCAUCCUGUAUAUCCUCGGUCUUGUGUCCAGAACCUACAAACGAAGCAAAAGUGGUUACGGGAGGGCUUGCAAGUUAGAGCUAGUGAAAUGCCAGCAAAGGUAGUGAAACGUUCAAGAUAUUUUGUCAGUGGACAGACAUCUGAAGUAGAUGUUCCCAAAGAGGAUUAUGGCAAACCUUCUGUAGAACUUUUUGGGAAGUGGCAAUUGGAACCACUACAACUCCCCCAUGCUGUAAAUGGGAUUGUGCCAAAGAAUGAGCGUGGUCAAGUGGAAGUAUGGUCUGAGAAAUGUCUCCCACCUGGUACUACGCACUUGAGGUUACCCAGAUUGGUUCCAGUUGCAAAGAGACUGGAAAUUGAUUUUGCACCUGCUAUGGUUGGAUUUGAUUUUCGAAAUGGCCGCUGCAUUCCUACAUUUGAUGGGAUUGUGGUUUGUAGUGAGUUCAAAGGUGCUAUCUUGGAGGCAUAUGCAGAAGAAGAAGAAAGGAGAGAAUCUGAAGAGAGAAAGAGGAAUGAGAACCAUGCCCUUUCAAGGUGGUUCCAGCUGCUUUCCUCCAUUAUUACGAGACAACAUUUGAAGAACUCAUAUGUGGACUCAUCAUCCACACAUGAGACUGUUAGCAAUGAUCAAAAGAGUAAUAGAAAUGUUUCUCAAGAAAAUAGUCCUUAUGGCAACAUGCCCUCAGCCUCAGAUUUUCGCGAUGGUUCUAGUCAAGAAUUAAAACCUGUUUUUCCAUCCGAUCAUGACCAUGAACAUGUAUAUCCUGUGGAGAACCAGAGCUUUGAUGAAAAAACGUUAGUGUGGACCAAGCGAUGUUCAUGUGGAUUCUCAAUUGAAGUGGAGGAAUUUUAGCAGAUCAAUCUUGCACUUCAUCUGACAGCAUACUUUUGUGAAAGGACAAAUGAAGAAAAAGUAAUCUCAAUCAUCAGAAGGAUGUCCCAAUCAUCUGUAAUAUAUAGUUCUUUUAUUUUUCAACCUUGUCUGUGCAAUUUAUCCAACCACAGUAACCAGAAGAAAUGUUUGACUUUGGGAUGAGUAGCUGCAUACCCAAAUUUGAAGCAUUUCUAGUUGUGAUAACACCCAAAGUUAAAAAAUUAUAUAGAGUUGGCUUCUGUUUGUUACAACGGUUGUUAUGAAAUCAUUCUCAAUAUUCCAUUGUCUAAAU